UGAAGGACCCAGGACAGAAUUUUACCAUAUUCUACUGAUAUUUAUAUUUUGCCUGUUAAAUUUGGACGUUAAAUGUAAAAGUUAAAUAUAUACAAUUACUUGUCCAUUUGGGUCAAAUAAACCGCGCUCUUGAUGAUUAAUUCGCCACGGUUAGGCUCAUAAUGAAUAUUUCUGAAAGAGCAGACAAUGGUAGGAGAACUUUGGAAGAUCAUAGUCCCAUCAACACAUCACAAAUACCCAAAAAGGAUAACAUUCGCUAAUGAACAAACUUCUUUAACUGGGUUCACUUACACUACUAAAGCACCCCAAUUAGAAAAAACCUUUCGCCAAGCACAAAAAAAGUGGAUAAUCGCACGACAUAGGUUUGUCACAGUUUGAAUAGAGUAUGCUUCUUCAGGCUCUAAAUAGUGCAAGUUAAGCCUUUUUAUAUGUUGGUUCUCAACGUCAUAGACCAUAUAAAGUCUCCGGUCCUUAAAUUAGCCCUUAAGGUAACAAUAAAGCCGUGAGGCGUAGCAAAUCAAUUUAGUGUUUUCCUCUUGCUAAGUUAAUACGCCUGAUCGUCUUCUGGAUUCAAUAAUAGGCGAGACUAUAAUAUAUGGACGACCUUUAAGCGACGCUAAAGUCACCUUGAGAACGGAUACCUACUAAUUAAGAUAAAAUGGGAGCUAUAGACCAGUUAGAAUUAUGAUUUACGGUUGAUGGUUAAGGUUAAGAAUUAGAUUUAGCGUUUUCGUCACGAAAUGACAUCAGCUAUAAUGCCAUAUCUCUAUUUAACCAAAUGGAUGAAUAAAUUUCGCGCUAUAAUUUAUUACUCGAUAUCUUAUAUCUGGUUGGUUCGUCCAUAAAUUAUAGUCUCGCCGACUGAUGGAAGUCAAGAUAAUUAUACUUCCUUAAAAUAAUGUUCUAAUGUAGGAAACUAAGUGGUUUCGUCUAGUCAGUUACAUAGUUACAUUUAUAGUUAACCCAGUCACAAAUAUUUGUGUACUUCCAAAGUCUUCGUUCCGUAACUUUUUCUUUUACUUUAAAUCUUAUUUUUCAGCUCGUGAUUUUUGGAAUCAAUAAUCCUGCCGACUUUACUUUCAUUUUUCGUCGCUCCGAUAGCGUUUUAAGUUACUUAUCAUUGGUCCUAGGCUCUAAUACUUUCGGUUAUUCAUCCAUAUCUCAAAUUAUCGCGACAGAUGACUAAAUUUAAGAGUUCAUUAACGGAGCAACAUUAGUAGGAGAUCCAAGUUUCUCUUAUACUACAGCAGUACCUAUCGUCAAGUGAUUCUUUACCUUCCACCAGCAGACUAUUCAGCUUAACCUCCUCCACAUCUUCCUAUAUCCUUUACAAUUAGAAACUAAAUAAUUAACUAAAGUCUCGGAAUGUAUUUAUAUACAUCAUCAAUACUAAUUAGAGUUUGUAAUUUUAUUGUCCUAAAUAUCUGUUAACUCGACGUCAACUGACCAGAAAGUCAUUUGUUCAUGGGCCCUCACUUUGCAGGUAGCUUAACUGAAUGUUUUGGAGUAGUUUCUUGAAAGCUAGUUUCUUAGCUGGUUACCUUCCAUGUUUUUACUUCAUGUAUAAAUAACAACAAUAGGCGAUUACUAUUUGCUAGCCGGUGAAAAAUAUUUAGAUUCUCGUUAUCAACUUGUUAUCAACCACUUACAUUGGUGCAAUCGCACAUUUUAAAAUAAUCGAUAGGUCAGUGUUUGUAUAACUAUGACUUAAGAGCUGUUACUAAAUUAAAAAUAAUGUCUUCGUUGCAAUCACAAUGAUUCAAAGUUUUUCGUCCAUCAACACUUAUAGUUUAGCCUGUGUGUACAACUAAUGCUAAUUACUUUGCUUUAAAGGAAGGUUGGGAGUUUCCAGAAUAUCACGAAACAUUCAGUUGCUUAGUAAAUAUGAUAUAUUUCGGAAGUUCUAUUCUAAAGUAAAAAGCACUUGGAACGUCGUUAGCCAAUGAGAAAUGUUAAGAUCACAUAAUCUACUCCCUAUUUGAAUAUUAAAUGGGUUCUAAGAUAAUUGAGACAAAUUACUGACCAUAGCUCGAGUAAGUACAUGAGAUGAUGCUUCAAAAGUUAUUUUUCUAGGAGUGAUGAUAAACGAUAAGCAGUCAUUUCCGUUUGUCAUUUGUUCUCUUGUUCAAUAUAAACCCUUUAGUGUUAUGUAUGGGAUGUAUAUCGAAGUCUGUUUGUAUAUUUGUUUCGUAGCUCUCCAUCUUGAUCAACUUCACUUUUAAGUCAGUUCUUUUUUCUGAUCAUCCCAGCAUUUCCUAGUUCUACUAGCGUUCGGGCGACAGAAUAUUGUCCCUCGCCCAGUCAAUCAAGGAAAAGGUACGAAUGUGUUCCAGAACCUAUGAAGAAGACUCCAGAUUACAUCAACAAAAGAAUUCGAAACAGAAGUGCCGUUAAGCGGUUUCGUGAAAAAUCAAAAACAAAAGCCAAGAGACAGGAAGACGUAAAGGCUCAUUUAAUUUCAUUAACAAAAUUUUAUGAUAAUGAAUUAGUCCGAAUAAAACAUUCAAAGCAGGUAACUAUUCAUAGGUCAUUCUUGUUUCCCUUCCUUUUUAAUAACCUCUACAUCAUGCAGGUGCCAACCUAAUUUUCCAUUAUGUGUAUAUGUACCUGCGUUUACCGUUCGUCAUCAUUUGUUGACAUUAUUUUAAAGUUAUUUAUUAUUAUUUAUUUAAACACAAAUAUUGAUACAAAGGGGCACCGUAUACAUAUGCACCACACAAGUCACUUGAUUUGUUUAUGGGUCGUGAUACUGCCGGGGUGGUCAGAUCGAAGCAGAUUUUUUUAUUAGAGGACUACUCCGGAGCCUUUGACCUAAAGGUCUGAUCCACAAGGCGGUGGGGCAACGUGAGCAGAUGCAGUCAAAUGGUAGCCGGUGACCAACGAUUGGUUCAGGAUCCUGGAAUACAUGUGCAGUUCUGGUUUGGAAUCAGGGUUUUCCAACUUCCCUAGGUGAAUCCUUCAUACCUACCAACCUGGUUAAAUCGUCGGCAUUCGCUUUUCAUCCUCUCAAUUUCGUAAAUAACACCCCACCCACGAGAAGACAGUGUGACAUUAUUUUAAAAGAUGUGUUUCAAUCCUGAAACUUCAGUGGCGAAUAUUUCCUUGACCAAACUUUUGAUAUUCACAACUAGUAAACGGCUUCCGUCAUACUUCGUAGGUUGUUCAAAACUCGAGAAAGAUUGACUCGCGAGGAGCAGGCUGGGUUUCGUUCUGGUCGAGGAUGUAUUGAUCAUAUCUUCACCCUCCGCCAAAUGUUAGAACAUCUCCAUUCUUAUCAAAGGCCAACGAUCGUAGUGUUUCUUGACAUCAGGGCUGCCUUCGAUUCGUUGGACAGAACUGUUCUCUGGGAUUGUCUAUUGAAGAAGGGUGUGCCUGAGAAGUUUAUUAACAUCCUAAAAGCCCUAUAUAAAAACACCUCAGGCAGAGUGAGGGCAUACAACCACCUUUCUCCAUUGUUCCAUUCGAGUAGUGGGGUUAGGCAGGGUUGCCCAAUCUCACCAUUCCUCUUCAACUUUGCCAUCGAUGACAUUCUGGAAACAGCUCUGAUGAAUGUAAGUAAUGGUGGUGUGGAUCUGUUGCCUGGAGAAAGACUUCUCGACCUUGAGUAUGCGGACGAUAUUGUCUUACUGUGCGAUAAUGCCCAAGGCAUGCAAUCCGCACUUAAUCAGUUGGCAAUCAGUGUCCGUAGGUAUGGUAUGUGCUUUGCACCUUCUAAGUGCAAAGUACUUCUACAAGACUGGCAGGAUUCCAAUCCUGUACUUAUCCUGGAUGGUGAGCAGAUAGAAGUAGUCGAGAAGUUCGUGUAUCUGGGUAGCUGCAUAUGUGCUGGUGGGGGUGUGAGUGAUGAGAUCAAUGCACGAAUAGUGAAAGCCAGAGCGGCUUAUGCCAAUCUGGGCCAUCUUUGGCGCCUUCGUGAUGUUAGUCUGGCUGUAAAAGGUCGGAUCUACAACGCGUCGGUGAGAGCAGUUUUGCUCUAUGCUUGUGAAACCUGGCCUCUCCGAGUUGAGGACGUUAGACGACUUUCUGUGUUCGAUCAUCGCUGUCUCCGAAGGAUUGCUGACAUUCAGUGGCAACACCAUGUCAGUAAUGCAGAGGUUCGGCAUCGUGUGUUCGGGCACAGAGAUGAUAAUUCAAUUGGUGUCACCAUCUCGAAACACCGACUUCGGUGGCUUGGACAUGUUCUCCGAAUGUCGUCCCAGAGAAUUCCACGUCGUGCAUUAUUUGCCGACUCUGGGACUGGUUGGAAGAAGCGGAGAGGUGGUUAGUGCAUGACAUGGUGUCGUGGUAUGAAAGAAAGCUGCAAAGGACUGGCUUGUGUCGGUCCUUCACGGCUCCCUGGUUGGGGUCCGAGAGAUGAUGCUACACAGCGGCUAGAGACGUUAUCAGAUAUGGCUCAGAAUAGAAGCCAGUGGCGAUCGUGCUGUAACCUUCUUUUACUUUCUUCAUAAAAAGUGGUUGUGUCUCCCUUACCUGAAAGAUUUCUUCCGAUUGUACCUUUGCGUUCCCUGAUUACUAAUACAUUACCUUACACCAAUCUCUUCGUUAUUGUUCUCUCUUUUUUUGUGCUCCUUAGCUUUUUUUUUCUUUGUAUUCCUCUCGAAUUUUCAUUGUUUUGUGUGGCGCAUAUAUAUUGGCGCUCUCUUGUACCAAUAUUCAUGUGUCCAAAUAAAUAAAUAAGUAAUAUGAAUAACUUAUUAAGUUGUGUUGCGCUUGCAUUUGCUGGUGCGUUAUAACCCUUUGAAAAUAACUCAGUUCUUGCAUUAGUAUGGUGUUUUACAUUACUAGAUAUAGCUUAAAAUACAGAAAUGCUGAUUGUACGUCGGUUUCGUCCCAAAUGACUUCAAUAAAAAAGCAUCAGAGCUUUCAGAUGGCUAUUUUCUUAACGCUUUGGCAAACUUUGCUUUAUUUCUAUCUCAACCAUUCCAAAACAAUCUGAAUAGAACAUUAAAGUAGGUCCUCCGACUCUAGCUGAAGUUCAAAAGGCUAUAGCUAAUCUGAAACGAGGAAGAGCAGCUGGUCGAGAUAGAUUGGCUCCAGAGGUCUUUAAGUAUAGUGGUCCAAUUUUAGCGAUUAAGUUGGCUGAUAUUCUAGCUAAAAUCUGGGAACUGGACGUUAUCCCAUCUGACUGGUCGCAAUCACUGAUUGUCCCAAUAUAUAAGAAGGGGUCAGAAUCAUACUGCGAUAACCGUAGAGGGAUUAGUUUGACUGAUAUAGCAUCUAAAAUGCUAGCCUCAAUAAUUAUCAUACGUCUAACAAAGACUCGUGAACUGCAAACACGAGAAAAUCAGGCUGGCUUCAGACUUAGUCGUGACUGCAUCAACCACAUAUUCACUAUUCGUCAGGUUUUAGAACACAGGCAUGCUUAUCGACGUCCGACAAUGAUCGUUUUUCUUGACGUAAAAGCAGCAUUUGACUCUGUAGACGGAGAGGUUCUGUGGCAGUCUGUCAUUGAAAGGCGUACCUCAGAAGUACAUAAACCUUGUGAAGACUUUACUCGAACACUACCCGUCAAAUCAGAGCUUAUGGCGAAUUGUCAUCUGAUUUUGCGACCUCAAGUGGUGUCCGUCAAAGCUGUCCACUUUCUCCGUCUUUGUCCAACCUCAUCAUAGACCUGCUGCUGGAAGUAACGUUCUCGUCGACUGAAUUUUCAGGCAUUGAUCUAUCAGGAGGUCCACUUAUCGACUUAGGAUACGCAGAUGAUAUAGUCCUGUUUGGCGAAAAUGCUGAUAAAAUGCAGUCUCGAUAGCACUAAGCAACAGUGCCGGGAUGUUUGGGAUGCAUUUCUCCUCUUUGAAUGCAAAUUGUCACUUCAGGACUGGCCUGCAUCAACACUCGAACUAAGGAUAAGGAGUAAAGUAGUCGAAUGCAUCGAAAACUUUACUUAUCUUAGAAGUUUGAACAGCCCUAAUGGGUUGGUAUCUGACGAAAUCUCUACACGACUUCAGGGAGCUCGUUUGGUUUUUGCUAACUUACGUCACUUAUGGCGAAGGCGAGAUAUCCGUCUAUCAAUUGAAGGACGAGUAUACGGCACAGCAGUUUGCUCUGUUCUACUUCACGGCUGUGAACCGUAGUCUUCAAGAGCAGAAGAUACAAGUUACUAGUAUUUGGUCACAGAUGUCUUAGAAAUAUUGCCAGGAUCUGUUGAGAAUGAUGGUAAAUCAUUUGAUGAGGUUGUAAGUCUUGACCGAUUGAUAUGGUUGGGUCACAUGUUACGUUUGCCUGGACACCGAUUGCCACGACGCGCAAUGCUGACUAGUGUUGGAGACGAUUGGAAGUAAGUGAGGGACGGCCAAACCAAAACGUGGCAUCAGUACCUGAAGUCACUAACUUCUAGUCUUAGCCACGUUAGUAGAUGCAGACUACUUGGUUGGGGUCCGCGUGACUAUCGUAACCAAUGUUUAGAGACUCUGGGUGACAUGGCUCAGAAUCGAUCAUAAUGGCGUAGGUGUAUACACUCAUUGUCUUUCAAACUGUGAGGUUAAAGUUGCUUUAUAUCUUUCUUCCUACCAACUAAUUCUUUCUUCCUGUACUAUGUCCUUAUAUGGAAUCUUCAUUUUAUAUAUACAUUGAACUAACUACUUCUAUGAAUUUGGUGUUCAUCGUGUUGUGCUAAUGAGGUGUGCCAACUUGGACCGAUGCAUAUAUGUACCUGGUCGUACUUUGUAGCUGACUGACCGACUUCUAUCUCAUUCAUCGAUGAAAUUUGAAUUGUAAUCAUUUGUAAUUCACGCAGUGAUAAUUGUAGUUUUCUUUUCCGUUUUUAUUUUAGCAACUUGAACUGCUGUUAUAUCAACAUGCUGCUCAUAAAAACAUUAUUAGUCAACUUAAUGAAAUUUUAAGUCUUGAAGCCCAAGCCCGAUUAAAAUUUCAAAAACAAAUUGCUAGUGUUCAGUUGUCUACUUCAUCUAUAGAGCAUUUGGUCGACUAGUUUUAACAAAUAUUGUAUUAGUAUUUAUGUUCAAAAUUUCUGUAUAUCCCUAAACCAGAUUAUUUUCAUUUUUAUUUAUUUCAAUAUAUUUUGUCUUGUAUAUCUAAUAUUGACAUAUGUAUUUGGAGUUUACAGCUAUAUGGAUAAUUUGUUUACGUAGGUGUAAGUUUAUAUUAUUGGAUAUAUGUAACAGGAGUUUUUGGCCAGGAUAAUACCUACUUUCGGAUAAAGUAUUCACAUUAUUUUGGUUUUCUUGCGAUGUUUCUUAAUUCUUCUGGUCAGUCAUAAACCACUACUCAUGUUUGUCUGUACAACUACGUUCAUUAUUUAUUUCUCAGUGUUUUGAAAUUUGACAUUUGUAGCAGCUUUAUGCUGGUGCAAUUUAUUUAGUAUAUUCCUGAUAAUUUUUAAAACUAUCAUCCCAAUGCUAUGUUCAGAAGAGAAACUGCAUUUUCGUCUUGUAUUAAUUCGAUAAGUAACUGCAUAAAAUUGUUCUGACUUUUGUGACUUACAUGACUUCGUCGUAUUAUUUUUGGUGAAUGUACACAGUUGUGUUUUGUAACCAACUAAUAAUUGUUACAUUUUCAUAUUUUGUUUGUUACCAUUUUGAACUUCAUAUUCACUAGUUGUUGUGUUAUUUCAUCCGAUUGUAGGAUUAGCUAAAAUUCAUGUGCUUUUAUCAUUUAUUACUCACCCUUCAGGAAGUAGUGUUGCACCAGGUUUUUGAGGAGAAUUAGAGUUAUUUUUUCGACCAAAUGUACUUGACUUACGUAUCUCAUUACGAAAAUUAAAUUACCAAGAUGAGUAACUCAAAUAUCAAUUUCAUUUUUGUGAUUAGGCAUUACAUCUACUUUAAAUAAAUUCCGCCUGUAAACAGGUAUAUGUAUGCACCUGCUAAUUUUAACUGUUUGUUUUUCAAAUUGGUUGCUUUUUUAACUCAGUUUUUCGUCUCUUUCCUGGUCAUUAAUUUUGUCCUUCCUAAUUGUUUCACUGAGAUAGAAGCUAGUUAUUAGGUAGAUGUUCAGUUUUGCAAUCGGUUUCAGAGUGAGACACAAGUGGUGUGAUGAUAUCUUAACCUCAUGUUGUUUUGUGCAAUAACUGUCAGACAUGGCGUAUCAAAAUGAUUUACUGUUUAUUGCACAAAAUACGGUACAUCAUCUAUUAUUGUAUCACGUGUGAAACUUGAUUAUCUAAUCUUGUUUGUUUCCGCUCCUUUUUUUAAGGGUAGUAAGAUUGUGUAAGCGCAUUGAGUUGAUACCGAAUUUUAUCUGAUGCUUAAUACAGACACAAUAUUCGUUUUCCAACCAUUUAUGCAAUCAAGUUGGGACUUACAACUAUCACUUCCUGUCCUAUUUUGAAAGUUCCUUCCUCUUAAGGUUUUCAGACUCGCAUCACCAUUAGCUCAAAAAAAAAGUUCAUUAGGUUUAAAAAUUAACUUACAUGAAUUUACAGUAUACGCCCCAUUUACGGUCAAUGAGACAACCACAAAGUUUUCAUAAUUCUGGUAAGUCCAUUUAAAUCAGAGAGUACAGUACAGACAGUUGAAAUACCACAGUAUUAUUGAUUAUGUGGAUUUAAGAAAAAAAUAUCCGUUUCGUUUAUAAUUCCAUGUUUGUUUAGACCAAUUGUUUUAUUAUUCUUAGGAAAAUAAGCAAAGGAUGAUAACUUUCUCAGAGAAAAAUAGGUUAUUUUUUAAAAUAUCAUUCAAAUAACUAAAAUAUUCUUUUACUGUUAAUAGUAACACGAUUAAUGCUAAUAGUACUACUACUGUCACUUCAUAGUGUUUAUGCAUACAUACAAAUUAGAUAUUAGCAGAAAGUUAUUGAAUAGGUUUGUUGUUUGGCUUUUAUAGCUUAUAUUUCCGCUAGUUUAUAUAUAUUUCUUAUCGUUCUUGUAAAUACAUUAUAUCUAUUUACCUCUC